AUUCAAAACACUGUUAUUGUAAACAAAUAAACAAAAUAGAAAUUUGUAAGGAAACAAUCAAACUUCUAAAGAAAUGGAAAAUCUUUCAAUAAAGACAGUGCAAAGUUUCUGUCGAGCAUGUCUUAAAGAAUUGAAACAAAGACAGAGAUGUAAAAUAUUUAGUUUGCAUUUGCAAAUACGACGCUGGUUGGAAGACUCUACACUAGAUAAUCCCCUAGCAUCUGAUGGAUAUCCAAAUUGCAUCUGUAACUUGUGUAGAAAUAAACUUAAAGAAUUUCUCGACUUUCAUGAAAUGUGCAAGCAAUCAAGAAAAACUAUACAAAAAAUGUUGACCAAAGAGGAAGACGUUAAAUUUGAGAAGAAACCAACGUCAAAUAAUGUUAAUGACCCAGAACUCGAGGAAGAUAUGUUAGCAUAUGAUGCGUUAAUAACACGCAAAGAAAGUCCUAUUAAAUCUGAGUACAAUUUAGAUGUCGAAUAUGCAGAUGAGCCUUUAAUAUGCAGUGACACAAAAAAUGUAUUACCAAAUAUUGAAAAUAUCGAAAGAUGUUCAGAAGAUGAUAGUGACUUAGAAGAAUUGAAUAAACACAAAAUUUCUGAUGAUGAUCAAAUUGAAAGUGAGGAAUUUCACACAGAUUCUGAAACUGAUAUUCAAAGUGAAGACCUCAACAACAAAAAUAGAUUAACGAAGAAAAACAAACUUGCAACAAAAAAUAAAAUGUUAAAUUCGAAAACGAAAAGAAAAAGGUAUUCAUACUCAUUUCGUUGUGAUCAAUGUAAAUAUCGUUGUGUUAGUCAACAAACUUUGGACAUUCAUAUGCGCACUCACUACGGCUUAAAGCCAUACAAAUGUCCCAAAUGUGAAGAUGCUUUUGAUAAAACUGCAAUUUUGCUAAAACAUCUCAGUGAAGUUCACGGAGAGAAAGAAUUAAUUAUUAUUUGUGAACAUGAAGAAUGUAGGCAAAAAUUUAGCAGUAGUCGCAGCUACAAGGACCACUAUCGACAAAAUCAUAUAACUCAAGAGUCAAAUCAAAGACUAGUCAAAUCUAUGACCAAAACUCCUUACCGACACGUAUGCGAAGAAUGUGGCAAAAUAUAUACAAAACUGCAAACUUUCAAAGAACAUCAAUACACUCAUGGACCCAAAGAACUCUAUCCCUAUCAAUGCGAUGAAUGUGACAAAGCUUUCGUAAAGCAAAGGACAUUCAACGAGCAUAAGCUAAGACAUGCGGGCAUUAAGAAUUUCGAAUGCCAUCAUUGUGGUGCAAAGAAAACCACAAAAAAAGAAUUAAGAUCUCACAUGAACAGUCAUACGAAGGAACGUCAAUAUCCCUGUCCCAAUUGUCCCAUGAUAUUUUAUAGGUCUAGUAAUCGUCGCAUUCAUGUAGAUGUUGUCCAUCAGGGCAUUCGGAGAUUUACUUGUCGUUUUUGUGAUCAAACUUUUGGCAAAGGUGAUAAUCUAAAAAAUCAUGAAUUGCUACAUACGGGUGAGAAACCACAUGCAUGCACGGAGUGUGGCAAAAGAUUUGUACAAAGGGUAUCGCUAAGAUCCCACAUGAAAACGCAUAAUAAAUAAUUUCGAUUGUACAUACUUAAUAGUUAUUACAGAGAAACAUUUUUAUUUUCGACUUACCAAAAAUUUGUAAUAAAUUUAUAAUAAUAGA